GUCUCUGACUUAUGUAUAUUUUUAUUAAAAUAAGGUUUGGUGGGGAGUGUUUAUUUUUUAAGUGUAUCUGUCAAAUGCACGUUUUGUUUUGGAAUUUUUUUAUAAUUCCGUUGAAGUAUUAAUAAAAAUAUAUAUUAAAGUUAACUCUAUUUUUGAAAAAAAAUGUCUAUUUCUAAAGCCGCGAUAAUGUUGGUUGUGUUUGUUAUUUUGUUUUCUGUUUUCGUUUCUAAUAUUUCUAAUAUGAUAUCCACAGUCGACUUAAAUUAUGAGCGAACUACUACUACCCCUUUAGAGUAUAAUGUUUCUGAUUUUACGUUGUCUAAUAAGGAAGGGUUAGGUAGUGAAUUGCGUCAUUUGAUAUGGUUUAUACAGAUCUCUGAUUUGCAUAUAAGCAUCUUCCAUGACCCAACCAGGAUAGCAGAACUGAAGGAGUUUUGUCAUCUCACUUUGAAUGCUAUCAAUCCAAUCAUCGUGUUAGCUUCAGGUGAUCUGACGGACGCCAAGACAGCAGACAAUAUUGGCUCCAGUCAGUUUGUCGGCGAGUGGCAGAUAUACAGAAAACUUUUGCAAGAUUGCGGAGUUCAGUCCAAGACUGUCUGGUUGGACAUCCGAGGAAACCAUGAUAACUUCAACGUUCCUGGUCUCACGUCCAAGGAGAACUUCUACCGUGAAUACUCGGUCCAAGGUUCGUCGCACCCCAGAUCGUACAUGCACCAAGUGGCCCGCGACAACCGGACGUACUCGUUCAUCGGCGUGGACGCAUGCCUGGAGCCCGGGCCUCGCCGCCCGUUCAACUUCAUUGGCGUGCUGUCGCGCGCGGAGCUGGCGCACCUGCGCGGCCUGGCGGCAGAGGCGCGCCGGCGCGGCAGCACGCACGAGGUGUGGUUCGGCCACUACCCCACCUCCUGCAUCCUGUCACCGGGCGGCACGGGCAUCAGGGAGCUGAUGGGCUCCGGUCGCGAAGGGCUCGCAUACCUCUGCGGGCACUUCCACACGUUCGGGGGCGUGGUCCCUAACAUGUACACCCUGCAGAAGGCGGGCUUCUUGGAGCUGGAGCUGGGCGACUGGAAGGACAACAGGCUGUACCGAGUGGCUGCAAUAGAUCAUGGCAUAUUUUCAUUCAUUGAUGUGAAGCAUCGGGACUGGCCCGUGAUACUCGUCACAAACCCCAAACACUCGCUGUUCAGGAUGCCAUUGCGAGAACCACUGCAAAAGAUAGCGCUCUCAACUCACGUUAGGGUGCUGGUGUUCUCACUGUCCCCGAUCAAGAGGGUGCAAGUGCGUGUGGAGGCAGAAGACUGGCGGCCUUGCACGCACGUAGAGGGCCCCCUCUACGUUGCCGAGUGGCAGUCUGGUCUGUACGCCAGAGGAGUUCAUCAUCUUGAGGUGUAUGCAGUUGAUGAUCACAAUAGAGAAAGAACUUUAUCACAGCCAUUUUCCUUGGAUGAGACACGGACUAGUUUUUCCAUUCUUCCAAGGUUUGCACUUAUGUGCAACAUCAGUUUAGUGUUCCAGCUGGUAUUUGGUGUUACGUUGGUAGUGAGUAUCGUACCAUUGUGCAUUCUGAAGUUUUUGCACAAGGUUGUUAGAGCUGGAAAAUGUCGGAAGCCAAGACCACCAAUCACUGUUGUGCGCUGGUGGUUGCGGAAGCUCUGGAUCCUUGCAACUGUGGAUAGAAUAUUCUACCCCCUCGUCAUGUACGCUUUGUAUUUAACAGUAGGUCCUUGGUCAGUGGGUGAAGUGAUCGAAGGGUACAUUGGCUUCAUAUUUGCCUGGGGAACUAUCGUCAAUGGAGUCUACCUUCCUGGCUCAUUCACAUAUGCCUAUGGCAGUCUUCAAAUGAUUACUUUCCAAAUUCCUCUCACGUUACUACUGGCACACGCUCUGGAUUACAGAAUAAGAACAUAUGGCAUGGGGAAACCCUGUCUGACUGUUAGCACGCUGUGGCAGUCGUUACCCUUCUUUGCCCUGAUAGCACUGCAGAUUAUGUAUGCGUACUUCUUCUGGCUGGCAUAUGGAACCAUGGCUUUCCUGUUGGGGCCACUGCGGACGUGGUCCAUCCUUCUAGCCGCCGUGUUGUGGUACCAAGUUCACACGCUGCCCGAAACGUGCUUACAGGAGGCUGCAUGUCUCUGGAGUAAACAACUGGUGCCAUCCAAUGAAGAGGACUGUACAAGAGAUGAAAGUACAACAGUCACAUAAAAUGUGAGUGCACUUAUCGCAGUUUCAAGCUCCCCAAUAUGAAGAAAGUACCUCUACACAUGAAAUCAGCCUUAAACCAGAUGAUAUUUUUAUUUAAACCCUGCUUUAAUAUUAUGUGCAGUUAAAUAAGUAUUACAAUUUUAUACUUCAAGGAAAGAUCAACAUGGAUAUGAAAAUGUAUUUACUAUUAUUAUGCUUUACACUCAAGUGUUUAUAUGUAUAUGUGUGUGUGUAUAUGCACACACAUAUGUAUGUGUGUGUGUGUGUGUGUGUAUAUAUAUAUAUACACACACACACACGUAAUUUUAAUGUGUACAAACUUCUUACACAAUGUUUUUUUUUUUUAUGUAAUUUUAAUCAUAAAAACUAAAAAAUCCUGUCAUCUUCACAAAUACGUAUAGCAAUUAUUAAUGUCUCACACAUUUGUCUUUGUAUUGCUUAGUCCUUGUGACACUUUAUCACAUUAUUAUUGUGAAAAAUCAUACUGUGAAACAGUCUUGUGAUGUUCCUUCAUGUUUUUGUAGUUAAUGAGUCUGGAUGUUUUAAUUUUUUUUUAGUUCAGAAAUGUGAUAUGUAUUACUUUAGUUAGUUUUAACUUUACACUUGUUAAGUAAAUUUUGUGUGGCCCUUAUAGCAGUUUACAAAUAUUAACAAUUUUUGUCAAAUUUAUUUAUGUGUGUCAUUUUUGUGUGUGCUUCUACAGUUCUACAGUACUUGAAGUUAAGUAAUAAGUAAAUUAUUGUUGUAUUUGUAAUGUUCACUUAAAAUGGAGGAGCCAUCGAAUUCGUGUAAUGUACAGAAUGUCUCAUAUAUUUUAUUCAGUUUUUUUUCCUCCUGUUUGAUGACAUUUUUCAUACUUGCAGUCCCCAAUAUGAAAAGAUAAAAAAAAUUACAUAAGUUUCUCAUAUUGAGAAUAUGCACAUAGCUAUUAAAUAUAUGUAGUAAAAACUCAUUAAAUACUGUGUCUUGAGACAACUUGAGUCUCAAUAGUCUCCUAUCCCAGUGGGUGUACCUUGGGCAUUCACUCGAGUCAGUGUUGCCACAUACACACUGUAUGUAUCCUAAAAUAAUGUGACUCUGAAUAUAAUGCGACCCCAAAUUUAUUGAUUAUGAAUUUGUUAAAAAGACUUUUCAGAUUGGAAAUCACUAUUCAGGUAUAUAGCACUUAAAAAUUAUUUAAAUUAUUAGAUUUAUUACAUAUUUACAAGACCCUUUCAGGUGUCACUUUUGUCAGUAGAGUGAUUUAUGUGGUCUCUUUAGAAACACCAAGUUGCAGUUAAAAAAAAACUUGUGUUUUAUGACUAUAGUUCAAAAAUCAAAAACUGUGGUAAUGUACGGUGGUUCGCUGCAACCACAGUGAAGAAAAGCAGAAUGAACCCAGUGACAAACUCAUUUCCACCCUCUUCUCCAUCCUGCAUCUCAAAUCUGUCGUACCUGUGCACAGGUUCAGGAAGCCCUGGACUAAAGUGGCAUGAGUGAUGCAGAUUACAGGGCACAACGUGUAGUUUUUCAACUAAAUGGAAGUUCAGGAGGUGGUACUUAAGAGCAGUCUAAAGUGGCAUAAGUGACACAUUUAAGAAGCAGAACCUGUAGUUUUUCCAGUAAGCUGUUCCCAAUGGUAAGCCACAAGUUUGCGAUUAUAAAGCGAACCCCACUUUUAUCUUCCAGUUUUGGUAAAAAUCAUAGCAUUAUAUUCAGGUAAAUACAGUUACCUAUAUAAAGUAUGAAAUAAUCAGUAAAGUUAUAUAUUCUAAAGUAAUCACCAACAGCUGUACUGUCGGUAUGUCGUAAUUUAUCACUGUUAGUGUAUCUAGUUUGUAUUGAAGUCUAUGUACAAAAUCAUGCAUUACUUUAUAUGUUUUUGUGUACACAAUUUUGACUUGUGUAAUUUUAGUGAAUUAAACCUAUUUUACUACAUACAUAGUAAUUAUAAUUACUCAGUUUUCUUUUUCAUAGAUGUUGAAAGUGAACUUAAAUACUAAGUUGUGGGGGAUUGCACCGAAUUUGUAAUUACAUUUUGAAUUGUUUAAGGUGUGUAAUUUGUAACUGACUUAUUAAAACUAAGUCUUUGAAGUUUUGAACUACAAUCCUAUUUUUGGUAGCCAAUAAAAAAAUAAUAAAUUUUCGGUAAGUUCUGUUACAUUCAAAUCUAGAAACAAAAGUUUCUUCUGAAAAGCUUCAUAUGAAUUGAAGUAGGCGGUAAAAGAAACAUAAACAACAGUAAACAACUGAAUGGAGCUUUUUUCGAUUGUUUACAAGUACUGCCAAUUCUUAAAUUGAGACACUGAACCUCAAAAACCUUUAUUGCCUAACUUGGUCACGUAAUAGAUCAAGUGCCUAGUAGGAGGAUUCAAACAGGUACUCAAAAUUACAUCUGUAAUAAGAGAUUAAUUAAAAUAGAACUUUCAUGAGUAUCAUUUUAAGCUUAACAUAUUACCAGUUCUGUGAGAAGUUUGGGUACCAAAGUGUUUCACAUUAAAUGUGCAUAUUCUGUUAUUUAAGAAAGUGUAAUGAGGAGUGAUGGGUCAAUUCCUGUAUUUUAUUGAGUCACUGACCAAAUGCUAAUAAUAAUUAAAAAUAUUUGAGUGUAGGGUGACUUGGAAGAUUCCUCAAAAGACCUAAAAUGCUACACUGCAACCUUCUUGAAACAAAUUCUAAAUUUAACAAAAUAUUUAUGCUAAUUAACCAGGUUUUUUUUAUUUUUGUGCUUAGUUAUUGCUGGGGUUACUGUUCCUAGGUAAUCUAGUCCCAAGGUUCUUUGAGAAUAUAGGUACUUAUUAUACUAGGAGAAAGUUGCUAGAAUAAUUCCAAGACUAUUUAACAGGGUGCAUUACAUUCUUCAUACAUGCAGUGUUUGUCAGUAACCAGUCCUUGGCAUAUGGCUUGUAAUCAAGGUGGUUUUAAAGCCACUGUGAACAUGAGAAUGUAUGGUUAACUGUAUACAGUAUAAGUUCUCAAACAGUGUAAUAACAUUUAUUGAUGUGGGUUUAUCACUUUCAAAAUAAACAUCUUUAUUGCCAUAUUUCAUGGUGUGCUGCCUGGUGGUCACUUAUGUAAAUUAAUUAACCUUUCUUGCUGCAAUACAGUGUGUAUUAACUGAGAGGAUGCCAUUCUUAACUCAAUUUAAUAAUGAAGUUGACACAUCACUUUGCAUCUAUUAGCCUAAUGUAUUUAACAUAUGGGCCAAAGAUUGCCUUAACAUUCACUAACCAUUUUCAUGAUUAUGCAUACAUGUCUUAUAUGUGAUAUUAUACUUCUAGAUAUCUAGUCAUUACCUAGUUGUUCUUGUACUCGUCCAUGCUGAAUGUGUAUGUUCAAUUGUGUUAGACUUGUAGAAAGCUUCUCAGUUUGUUACCGUGAAAUCUAAGUGGCAAUUUCAUGGCUCAUGGAGACCAAACUGCCUGCCCUUUCCAGAAGUCAUCCAAAAUUCCUCUAACGGUUGGCUUGGCCAGGUACAUCCAUACACUUAAUCAUGGGAAGCAAUAGCUGAUAUUGUACCUACACAUGAGGCAACAAACAUGCUAACAGAAUGGUAUUAGAGAGAAUAGUGCAUGAUCUCCAUUGUCAUGGCAAUUUUUGUACAUUUUUAAGAUCUUAAUCAAACACAAAUUUGCACACCUUUACAUCUUUCUGGCAAUUUUAUGUUGCCUGCGACCUGUAAAGUUGUAACGUUUAAGAAAUAGGUCCCAGGUUGUCAGUAUGCAGACCAGUUCGUUUGAUCCAACUUACUUAUUUGCUCCUGUCAUAUUCUAAUACUUAUUUUAUCUCCCUGUGCUUAUAGCACACUUUUCACAUCUCCGAUCAUUGCUUCAGAUAUCCUCCUCUGUAUCUCCACAAUAAAUCCUUCAAAAUUAGUCAUACUACCUCUUGAUUUAAAACAAAUUUUUGGAUAAGUUUUUGAUAAUCAUCUCAAUUUGUAAAAACAUUCUACUACUUUUCAUAAAACAAAUUAUUUUAGGCAUUAAGUGUUAAUGUUAUAACUAAUAUUAUCUGUGGUUAUUUUAUUUAUUUUGAGAAUCAAAUUAAAAAUUUUUCACUUAAAACAAUUAUUAGCGGUUAAUUGUGUUCAAAAUACGGAGAUGUACGUUAACUUACGAGUUACGACAAUGUUAUUUGUGCUAGUACAAUAUUAGCUGUUUCUCUCAGCAUGCAGUUUAGGCAUGAAUGUGUCCUGGGCCAAGUCGUACAUUUUUGGGUAAUUGGAAUAAGUUGAAAGUUCACCAUAAAAAAAAAUCUCUCAAGUUUAUAAAUGUUUGAAAUCCAGCAUUAAUUCUAUUUCCAUGGUAACUAAAUAAAAAACAAUUCAUUAAAAUGAAUAACAGAGAUAUUGUUGUUCAAUUUUUCCAUAGCCAUCUUCACUCCUGUUGCAUUAUUUUUACAUUUGUUUCCAACAGCAAAUGAGCCCUGAAGAAUUUUUAAUUCUGUUGAUUCAGAGAUCUAUUUCCAGACUUUGGAUUAACAACUUAGAAAAAUCUUGACGGCCCUGGUGCUGACUGCCGAGAUAAUUUGGUCAUGGUGAGAUUCUUUGAUCCUAAUACAGUUUCCUACUGGAGUGGACUUAAAUCAGCUUAUUCCAAGAAUUCUGUACAUGAAAUUUUUAUCUAAUGGCAAGACAGUUUUGUCACAUACUAUUUAUUUUUUAACCUUAAUGCUUUAUUUAGCUUUUUUUUAUUUUGCAAAGUAAGCAUUCUUACUCAGUGUUAAUUGGACCAUAUUAAGCAGAAAGGAACCAAGCCACAUAAAACCCAUUUCGAGAAAAAUGGAGUGAAAGUUAACAGUAAGCUGUAAAUCAAGGAAAUUUCAUAAAUAUUUCAUUUUUGUGCAUAUAAUUACAUACAUUUAUUAUUUUUUUUACAAACUAAAAUCAUUUUGGUACAUUAAAUAAUUAUUUAGUUAUUGUCAAAUAUUGUGGGUUGGUUCCUUUCUGCUUUAAUUCAAUAAAAACCUACAUUUGUAAAGCAGAAAGUUACCAAGUUGUUGGUUCCUUUCUCUGAAUUAUUUACUAGCCAAGGAAGUGCACAAUCGCAGCCGAACAGAACAUAAUACUCAUUAAUAAAAUAUAAGAAAAUAAUUGAAAAAUCACUACAGAGAAUAGUUUGUGAAUUAAACAUUAGUUAAAACACAAAAUCUCUCAUCAUCAUGUAAAUACAGAAAUUUUUCUACUCUAUAUCAGAUUUACAUUCGUUUCUAAAUACUAAAGUAAACACACACAUUAAUAAUUUUUAAAAUUCUAUAAUCAAUUAGUUUCUUGUGUUUUUUAAUUCAAAUUUUUACAAAAUCGCACAUAAUGCAGUUCCGUAAUCACGGUUUUAUUUAGUUUUUAAUCACACAUUUUAUUCUGUUUCGAAAUCCAAAGGUGCGCAGAAACCAUCUAUAUCGUCUUCCACAGACCUACUUCCAGUUAAUGAACGAUAAAACUCUUUGGCAUCAUUUGGGAUUAGAGACAUUAUUGAUUUUAAGUCCUUAAGCUUUGGAGCAGCAAUAUCUUUACCACCAACCCACAUAGGUACAAGACAACUCCUGUAACUAAACUGUUGAACUUGUCUUCCUUUCGUUGGUUUCUUCUCGAGAUCAACUACAGAAUACGAAGACUGGAAAUCAGUUCGAGUAAAUAUUUUUAGAGGCUCUUCCUUCAUUAUUUUUAUUUCUCUGAUGUUUAGCCAGUUAAUUUUCUCUUUCUCUUGGGUAACUUUGCGAUUGACAACCAUUGUUUCCAAUUUUUCUGUACCAAAGAAAUCACGAGACUGCAUUUUGUUAACAAUGAAAGGUUUCUUCCUUCUACACUUCUUCAUGACUUCUAUAUAUUCAGCAGGCAGAUACAAUCUUUGGACGUGCUUCAGAGCACAUUCAAUGUCACUGAAGUCUGCAUCAUUAGGCAAAAAACUGUGGCCAGAAAGUAAAAACUUCAGAGUAACACUUUGUAAUGAGGGAUGGUCCUCCAAACAGGCUUUCAACAUUAAUACAAUCUUUAUGUUUCGGUUUUGUCCGCCAGCAGAAUCGCUCCAUAAAACUAGAUGUUUUAUAUUGUUUCCAACAUGAUUCUGUAUAUGUUUUAUGAGACAAGAUCCUAUUUCUUGUGCUCCCCUUCCAGCUUGGUUUUCAACCCACACAUAGCAGUAUCCAGUUCCUGUCUUACACGAAUGAACACCAGCAUUAUAAACCCAUAACUGUCUUUUAUAGAAUAUAAUAUUUGCUGGUAUUCUUGGAAGUGGUAAAGUUUUCUCUAAGUCAAAUGUUAAGCAUUCAGAAGAAAUGUCUUGUUGUGCUUCUUCUGUGUCCUUUCUUAACUGAAGGCGUGCAUUCAUCCAAAUAUCUUUGUGGUUGUUGUGAGCAUCUUCAAUUUCUUUUUUCUCCUUCCCAGUUACAGUGCUUGAUCUGGCAGCAAAUGCAUCACAUGUCUUGCAAGUAUCUUUUUUCAAACUCUUAAAUUUCAAGUCAAACUUCGUUAAGAAUAUUCUUCUAUAUGUGGAGAAGCUGACUGCAUCUAUUUCUUUAAUAAUUUCUUUUUUCUUAUAUUCAUUAGCUUCAUUCCAUUCUAUAACUUUCUCUUCAUCUCCUCCCUCAUUCACCCAUUGCUCAGUUUUUUCUUGCAAGUAAAGAUCGUACAUUUUUUGUAAUGUCAUCUCUGGUGGAAGAAACUCAGCAUCAGUAUUCACUCUUCUAUAAUGGGAUUUGUAUCGAGGUAUUUUGUUUAUCUGAGCCAUAACCUCUUCCAUUUUUUUAUCACUGACUUUGUUUAAACCACCUUGUUUUUUUCCUCGCUUGUCCAGCAAGUCAUCUGAUCUUAGUUUGCAUAAUGCAGUGUUCACCCUUUUGCUGGAGAUUUGAAAUGUUUCUGUGAAUGUUUCUCGGCACACAGGUAUAGUUCUGAUAGUAUACACUCUUGAGAAAUUUCUUUUGGAUGUACUGCUUGUAUAUUGACGUUUCUUCCCAACUUCUUUUACACAAGCGCCAAUGUACAUGUUUUGUGAAUUAUAAUCUCCCAGUUUCCAAAACUUGUUGAACUCUUCAUUCCUGGUGGCUGUACUUACAAGGCUGUGACAUUUCCGGAUACAUUUACAUUCAAAAUCUCUGAAAAGUUUUCUUUGUACAAGUUGUCCCUUGUAGUUAUAAAAAUCUUCAUUGCUGUUUCUCUUUUGUUUGGCUAUUUUUUUGGUUUGAUUUUCAUUUUUUCUUUUUCUUCCACUUCUUUUCUUCUGUGAUACAUUUCCAUCCGUAUCACCAUCUAUCACGUCUGUGUUGUUUUGGUUGGUCAGUUCAUUAUUAUCAACCGUUUCUUCAUGGACGAUCGGCCAGUCAGGGUCAUCGGGACAUUCAGGAGAAAGAUUACUAUUGGUGUUUUCUCUGUUGCCAAUAUAUGAUGCUUUAUCAUAUUCUAUUUCUGAAAUGUUAGGCCUAUCUGAGGUGUUUGCUAAUACAGAAUAGUCAAAUGAAUCAUUGUUGCACGGGGUUUCGCAUAUUGAGAUGGGUUCUUGGUACAGCACAAUAGGAACAUCAGGUAUUUCAGGUAGAAUCUCUGUGGAAAAAUCUAUUGUAUGUCUUUGAAGUUCUGAUACUGGUAACAUCAUUUCCACUGCAGAGGGUUGGUCUUCAUUUCCCAAUAUUGAUGAAAGGUGAUCCCUUUGUAGAACAUCUGGAAGAUGGUCACUCCAAGAUGCGGCUAGCCAUUCGUUAUUCUGUUUAUCUGAAACAUUUAUGGAAAAUGUUAACAUGAAACAAAUGUAAGGAAAUUUUCAAGGUUGAUUGUAGUGUGUGUGUAAAUAAACCAAAAUAUUGUAUUCUUACCUUCACUAACAGAAUUUAAUAAUGGUGUUGGGCAAAUGUCUACAGCAUCUGUUUCUGUUCCUUGAGGCAUGUCUGAGGCUGGAGUUGCUACCAGGUCUGGUGGUUUUGGUGUUAUGUCAAUAUUAGGCAGUAGGUCUGCUGUGAUUUCAAAAUCAGCUGGUUUUUCAGUUCUAUCAUUUAAAAGACCUUGGUUUCGUCUGUAAAUAUCAGAUGGUUUUAACACAGCAGGAAGAAUUUUCUCUGGAACAUCCAAUUUUUCUGCUGAAAAAGAAACAAUGAACAGGCAGUAUUUAUAAUAUUGUUACCUAACAAUGCAAAAAAAAAAACAUUUAUAUUUCUUUUGAACAAUUUAACAUGUCAAAAAUGGUACAGCCAUUAGGAUUAAAUUAAUUCCCAUUAUGUUUUAACUUAUUCUAAUGACUAAUAUUACCUCUAUACUUACUGCAAUAUUGUUAGCAUUUAAAUGUUUAAUUUUUUAUUAAAUUAUUUUAAUAUGUCAUGCAUAAAACAAUUACAGCUGUUUUAUACUACAACAAACAGUACCUUAACAUAAUAUGAGCAUUUUCUAGAAAGUUAUAAUGUCGAUAUAGAUGUAAAUGGUAUAACUUUUUAGAACCUUACCUUCAAUUAAAUUCUUGGCCAAUUCUGUCAUUAUUUUUCCUCUUGACAUCAUUAAUGUAGCACACUGAAGUAAUUAUAAUAAUAUAUUGGUGCAUAAAAUAAUACUGUAACAAUAACUAAGUAUAAACACUAUUCACACAAAGGAACAAACUUCACUUGGUGCAAACAUCUGAACACAGGUAGUACCAACAUUUAUUCAACAAAAAAGAACCAACUAAUCCUGAUUCUUUUUGCUGCAACAUAUAAAGAAAUUUUUUGCAUUAAGUUAAACAGAACCAAACAUGGUUCCAUUCAGCUGAAUGUUGUAAGAGCAGAUACAUUUCAGUAUAAUAUUCAAGGUAGAAUAAAAAUUUUAUCAAGCCACUUAUGGGUUGGUUCUUUUUAAUAAAAUGUGUAAUGUGAUGUUCUGCAUCCAAGGAAUGUUUUAACCUAAAAAUUUCAAUUUUGAGGGUUGGUUCCUUUCUGCUUAAUGCUGUCCAAUUUACUUUCAUCUGGUAUAUGCAAAUUGUCCAUUUUUUAGAAUUUUUUUUAUUGGUAUCUUAAUGUACAAAUCUUUGUAGGCAUUAUACUUGUCAUAGCAUUCACAAUAUGUUUAUACCUGUUCUUUAUCCUGUUACAUAUAAUUUGUACUUGGUUACAUUUUGAGAUUAAAUAACAUUAUAAAAUUUUGCAAUAAUGCAUUAUUACUCAUUUUAUAUUAUGUAAACUACUACUAUUAGCAUUACCUAAUACUGUUCAUUGCUGCAGUCAUGUCAGAGUACCUACACUCUUACUUCAAACAAUAUCUAUAUUUUCCCUUGACCAAGUGAACGCCUUUUUUCUGUAUGAACAGGCUACCAGGCAAGAUAACAGAUGCAUUAGGCACACUAAACAAAAUUUCAACAAAUAUACACUACAUGCAGAAUCAAUUAAAAAAUAUUUUUCUGCACAUUACUGCACUAAGUAAACAGAGUCUGGAGAAAAAAAAACUUAACAUAUUUCUUUGAUCAAACUUCUAAACAACAAAUUAUUGACAUUGUCAGACUGAGUACUAGACUGUACUUCAAUUUAAUACAAAUUUUUUUUUGUAUCUCAUGUUAGUAAAAAUCAGAUACAGAUUAUUUACAGAAUACAAAUAUGUGAUUAAAAUAAAUGCCUUUUUAAAGACCUUAAUAUACUGCAAAGUAUAUAGAUUACUCAUACUGUAUUGUGACAAAGAUAUUGUAAAAUCUCCCCAUGUUUUCCAGGUUUUUUAAGAGACACCUUCAAUUCCUUGAGUUCUCUUUGUUUUUCCACAGGAUCCCUGCAUGUUGUAUGAAUCAUGAGUUUGCUCUAAAAUUUAUUUUCUCUGUUGAAUUGAGUUACUCAAAUACAAAUUCUCUCAUUUUUCCACCAGAUAGUGCAAAAAGUUGCUAACAAUCUGCCCAUAUUACUGUAAACAAAGUUUGUCAACAUUACUAGGAUCAUUUUCAGAUAUAAAGUCUACCCUAAAUAUUUGUCAACUGUAUGGACAAAGUUUGAACCUACUGUGAAUGUUAAUUGUAAUGUAAUUUUAUGUAUUAUACAUUGCUUAUAAUUGUCUGCCUGAACAUAUUGUGAUUAUGAAGAGUCAUGUCAAAUUGCAUCAGAAGAGGCCAAUUUCGCAAGUAUUUAGUAGUAGUGUGUGCACUUCUGCCGAUACAUUCCCAAAAUUUUUGGCCAAUAUACGUGACAAAAGUUGCUGCUGCAACAUAAUAGUUUACAUCUACUCAUUUAACAAUUUUUUUUAAUAAACCUCUCUUGGUAUCUUA